AUGGAUUCAACGACUACACAGUAUAUCAGGCCUCUUCGUAUGGUUAAAGAUGACGAAAGUAACUGGAAAACAAAUCAAACGAUUUAUUUGUUUCCAGCUGGUGGUGGCAAUGAGUUCUGUGUCAUUCAAUUCAGUGGUACCGCGCGCAUGGAAUCUGACUUCAGCUCUGAUAUAUUGGCUGUCAGCAACUCGAUCAAUAAUAUGGGCCUCAUGAAUGGCGGAACGAACGUUCAUGCAGCUCUGCAACUUGUGCUUGAAAAGAUUCAAAUGGGAGGUAGUAACGGUCGUACUCAAGUCUGGAUUGUCACUGAUGGUGAAUACAAUGGAGGGGAUCCUUUCAACCUUUCUCAAUCCUUGAGGCAAUCGGGUGUUCUUACUACUGUCUUGGGAAUUGGCAACAUUCAUCAAAAUGGCUUGGAUCUUGUUGCUUCGUUUGGUCGAGCCUUUAUGGCCAAGGACUUCAAUGCGGCCAUUGACCUCGUCAAAUCGGGCAGAACCCAAUUUGAGGAAGUUAACCUUCGUGCCAGUUUGCUCAAGGAAUCAAAUCGUAUUGCUGGUCGUAUUCCUUGUCAAGUGGAGAUCACGAAUCACACCAGGACAACUAUCCAGGCAGACACUAGGCUCAUCAUCGCGGAAGAUCGCAAAUACUUUGAAAAAAGGCAGCCUCGGAUAGGACAGACUAUUGAACGAGACGAGACUGUCACCGUCAAGUUCGAACUGGUACCAUUACCUCAGUUCCAAUGCAUGGAUUUUCGGAAUGCAUUACGUGCGUUUCCGGAUUCCGUUUCAAUGAGGCUCGUCGACGGAACCGCUUUGAACGCAAACCCUCGUGUUUGCGAAAAGGCAUUCUGCCUUCCACUCGAUGCAUUUGCUCAAGACUUAUUUGAUGCUUGUAUCCCAACUGUUACAAGUCCGCGAUACUAUAUUCCUCCAGUCAAGUCAUACAAUGUCAGCCUUAUGGGAAGACCUGGAAUCGGCAAGAGCUCAUUCCCAGCUACCUUACAAACAGCCCUAUCGAUAUACCCCCAGCCCGAUAUUCUCAACACUGGGCGUGGGUCUCGAUCUACUCAUCAUUUCACUCAGCUGCCACCUGAUCCUAACAGCCCGCUAUCCAAGAUCUUGGCUGUGUUCUUUGAUACACCAGGAUAUGAAGGAAACGCUGAUGCAACCUCCUCAGACUACAAGGGUGUUUAUCUGCCUCUCUUGCUUGCUGGUUUGGUGCCCAAUAAUACUGAACUCGUUCGGGCGGGCCUUAUUAAUGGAAUGUUCCGUUUGGAAAACAUUGAAUUUGAUCAACGCUUGCCUCUUGAGGAAUCUUGGACACGAACAAUCCAUGUUGGAGUUCUUUUCAUUCAUGCUAGUAGUGUUGGAUCAGACAGUCUAGAGUAUGAGCGCAAUCUUGCCAUCGAAUGGACAGUAAAGCACAACCGUGUCUUGCUUGUAGCCAUCACGAACAUUGACCAACGCUCGGACGAAGAAGUCAAGGGUCUUCCAGCAAUCGUUUCCACUGACAUUGGUAUUGACGAGCAAUACAUCUUCCCAAUCAAAAACUAUUGUGCUCUUCGAGGCAAUAUUGAAAAGAACUUUGAUAUGGACAAGAUGGCCUUCCAAUUGUGCCAUGCUAUAUUGACUGGUGGAGCUACCUUCUUGAAGCGAUGGCCAGAUACUAUCGAUCGAAUUGUUAAAGCUCAUGAGGAAACCUUAAACCACUUGCAACUCCUUCCUCGCCCAGCUCCGCCUCAACCUCAAGCACCACAAACUCCGUCCAGAGCACCUGAAGCUCCACAGCACUCGUACCCUACUCCAACACCAACUCGUAGAUCAACUCCUACUCCUCCUAUGCCAUCACAACAAUCAGCAGCAUCCGAGAGAGCUGCUUCACCUACUCCAUCUUGGACUCCCGAAGGUCUACCGGCAUAUAAUGAAGAGCUAGCUCAACCUGGAUCCUCAAGCUCAAAGAAUGUACAGGUUACCGCUGCGACUCCUCCAGCAAAUGAACCACCUGCAGCACCUGCACCAGCACCAGCAGUAUUGCAGCCUCCAGCUACUAGUCAGGUUUCUUCAUCUGCUGCACCGUUACAACAGCAGCAGCCAAUGGUUAGUCUCCGCUCUCGUGUAAUCACUGCAGUCCGAAAGAACUUCAAGACGGCAGCGACCUUGCCUAAUGAGUCUCGACUCACAAAGCAUGAUCGUGAUCGUGUUGAGGAAUGGAUUGAUGAUUAUCCAGAUUGUCAAGAAUCAAAGACCAUCACAGCAAAGUAUCUAAACUACUUUGAUCAUAAUGGUGUACCUCAUGAUGAAGAUGACUUCUUGGAUGCACAAUCUGGCUUUGGGUUAGCUGUGAAUCGAUACCUUGCUAAGUUGGACCGAGCAACUCGUCAAUUGCCCGUGGUACCUUCAGUAGCUCCUUCAGAAACGCUUUCAAUGGUCGAUUGUAAUGAAGUCAAUGAAAAUGAAAGUUACACUGACACAGAUAGUAUCCUUGAUGAGCUCGAGUAUGAGAGAGUUGAUCAAGCCUCAUAA